AUGGUCGAUGUAGUGGGCGCGCAGUUGGCGCGUGUCACUGCACGGCUUGAGGAUUAUCAGAAGCACUGGACACCGGCCAUCAGUAGACAAAUCGAACAGGCACGGUUGCUCUACAAUGAGCUGAUUUUGAACGCUGAUCCCGAUUCUGAGUUAUCAGUAACGGCGCAAGUUGUACUCGAACAGAGUAUCACCAAACUUAACGCUGUACUUGCAGAGAUGGCACUGCAACACCGAACAAUACAUACGUUGAUCUCAAAAACGGGCAAAGAAAUUGAACGACACUUCGUUUCGGAUCUGAGUUGUUUGACGAAAGUGGAUAAGAAUUUUGAUACAGACCCGAAAUUACACAACCGCGUUAAUGCGCUCAUUGUUGAUCAUCUGACUGGUACGGGUAAAUUUGAUGUUGCUGAAACAUUGCUCAAGGAAGCACAACUACCUCAGUCGAAUUGUCCAUUGGUUGAUGUGAGUGGUGUACGUCAUUUAGUGGAUGCAUUGGCAAGGAAGGAAGUCGGACCUGCGCUCGAAUGGUUGCAGACGAAUGCACCCGAAGAAGAGGCACUCAUUUUUGACCUUCAAAAACAACAGUUCAUCAAACUUCUUCAAGAAGGUAAUAAAAUGAAAGCGCUCGAAUAUGGUCGUCAGCUGUCAAAACGAACCCGUGAGUUGACGUCGUUGAUGUGGUCCGUUGUAGUGAAGGAUCGUGAGAAGCGUUAUCCGAAUUUGUUCAAUCCGGCCGUCUGGAAGCAACUUGAGCUUCGAUUAGCACGUGUUUUAUCACGUUCUGAUGAUCAUCUCAGUCAAAUAUUAGAAACGGGUAUCAAAGCGGUGCCUUCAUUGAUAACGGUUCGGAAUAUGAUGGUGAAUCGGCCACCGGAAAGCCUAUUUCAUGGUGAUGAAUUACCGAUUGAAGUGGACGUACCAAAUCAUGUACAUUCCGUUUUUGCAUGUCCCAUUCUUAAGGCACAAUGCACUGAACUGAAUCCACCAAUGCGUUUGAAUUGUGGACAUGUGAUCUCGCGCGAAGCGUUGCAUAAACUCGCACAAAGUGGACGCUUCGUCCAUCCAGCUCAUUUGUCGCCAUCUGCAAAUUUUAAUCAUAUCCGACUGAAAUGUCCGUAUUGUCCAAUUGAGUCGUCUGUUGCAGAUGCGAAACGAGUUUACUUCUAA